CGCCCAGGAGGCGGCGGCUACUGCUUCCGAGGUCACCGGGCCGGAUGGUCUGAGGGCGGGAGCGGAAGAGCCACCCAGCGCCUGCAUCUCCGGCAAAUGACUCCCCUCCGCCCGUGCCUCGGGCUCGUCUACAGUUCCCUCCCGUCUUGGCUCCGCUCCGGGCUCACCGGCGCGAUAAGUCCGCCUCCGGGCGCCGCGACGGCGGGCCUCCGCCCCUCCCCGCCGGCCGCCGCCCCGCCCCGGGCCCCCGGGCCGCUGUCCAGCGCGCGCGGCCUGAGCCGAGGAUGCCGCGGCGCCAACACGCUCGCCGUCUCCCCCAGCAAGCGGCCCCGGCCCGCGGAGGAGGGCGGCCUGCGGCUCCGCUUCGUGCGGCUCUCGGAGCACGCCACCGCCCCCAGCAAGGGCUCCGCGCGCGCCGCGGGCUACGACCUGUACAGUGCCUAUGAUUACACAAUACCACCCAUGGAGAAAACCCUUGUGAAAACCGACAUUCAGAUAGCUCUUCCUUCUGGGUGCUAUGGAAGAGUGGCUCCACGUUCUGGCUUGGCUGCAAAACACUUUAUAGACGUAGGAGCUGGUGUUAUAGAUGAAGAUUAUAGAGGAAAUCUUGGUGUUGUACUGUUUAAUUUUGGCAAAGAAAAAUUUGAAGUAAAAAAGGGUGACCGAAUUGCACAGCUCAUUUGUGAACGGAUUUUUUAUCCAGAAAUAGAGGAAGUUCAAGUUUUAGAUGACACGGAAAGGGGCUCAGGAGGUUUUGGUUCCACUGGAAAAAAUUAAAAUUUAUUCCAAGAACAGAAAAUGAGAAAUAAAGAGAUUUUUUAAUUUUUAUUUUUACUUUUGGUCUUACAUUUCUGUAAACUUAACAGCUUUAGAUUCUACAUUUGUUGUACAAAUAUUCAUGGUAUCAUAAUAUUUUUGUUCGUUUGUUUUUUUCAAUCAAAUGUACAGCAAUUAUAGAUUCUCAGAACUGUAUUAUUCACUAAAUGCUACCCAUUCAACAACUUAUUCUUCGCUUUGUUUUUAUAAAUCAUAACCAAAGCCUUUUAUUCAAUAAAUUUGAAUUCUUUCACAGAUACUAAUUAUUAUGUGAACUGAACUAAAAGAUAAUAAAAAAUUAUUCCUUGUUCU